GAAACCGACAGCUGCUGUUAUAUAUGGGUCUGCAGCACUUCAUUGGGAGUCUGAGGAGGAGACUGUCUGGAACGUGCUGCAGUCUUCACUGAACCCUUCAACACAGUGAAGAGACACACAGCAACCAUGAGCACUACCACUGAGAAAUCCUUGGAGAGCAGGCUACAGCAGCUAAAAUGCCAUUUCACCUGGAACUUGAUAGCGGGAGAUGAGUCCUUAGACGAGUUUGAGGACAGGGUAUUUAACAAGGAUGAGUUUCAGAACGGUGAAUGUAAAGCCACGAUGUGCAACAUACUGGCCUAUGUAAAGCACCGCAGAGGUCAGAAUGAGGAAGCGCUGAAGUGCUUAGGGGAAGCGGAAGACUUCAUCCAACAACAGCAUCCUGACCAAGUAGAAGUCAGAAGUCUGGUCACCUGGGGAAACUAUGCUUGGGUUUACUAUCACAUGGGCCAGCUCUCAAAAGCACAGGCUUAUCUUGACAAGGUGAGACAGGUCUGUGAGAAGUUUUCCAGUCCCUACCGAAUGGAGAGUCCUGAGCUUGACUGUGAAGAAGGGUGGGCCCGAUUGAAGUGUACCCAUAACCAAAAUGAGAGAGUGAAGGUGUGUUUUGAGAAGGCUCUGGAAAAGGACCCAAAGAACCCAGAAUUCACCUCUGGAUGGGCCAUCGCGAACUAUCGUCUGGACUACUGGCCAGCACGGCAGGACUCCAUUGACUCUCUGAAGCAAGCCAUUAAACUGUCUCCCCACAACCCUUAUGUUAAAGUCCUCUUGGCGCUGAAGCUUGAGAUGAUGACACAUGAAAACCAAGGAAAGGAACUAGUUGAAGAAGCAUUAAGGAAUGCUCCAGAAGUAGCGACAGAUGUACUGCUCAGUGCAGCCAGGUUUUAUUACAAGAUACAUGACCAGGACAGAGCUAUACAGUUGCUUGGAAAGGCUUUAGAAUCCCUGCCAAAUAAUGCCUACGUGCAUUACCAUAUUGGGUGCUGCUAUAGAUCAAAAGUCCUUCAAAUAGUUAACACAAGAGAAAUUGCAUUGAAUGGGAAUAGAGAGAAGUUACAGGAACUAAUGCAACUAGCAAUUAACCACUUAAGGAAAGCCGAGGAGAUCAAGGAGAUGCAUGAACGUUCCUGUGGCUAUCUUGCUGGUCUUUAUGCCAUGACACACCAGUACGAAGAGACUGAUUAUUACUUCCAGAAAGAAUUCAACAAGGAGCUCACUCCUGGCCUUAAACAGUUGCUCCACCUACAGUAUGGCAAUUUUCAGUUUUUUCAAAUGAAGCGUGAAGACAAGGCCAUCCACCAUUAUAUGGAGGGUGUGAAAAUAAAGCAGGAGACAAAGCCUAAAGAAAAGAUGAAAAGUAAACUUCAAAGAAUUGCCCUAAAGCGACUCUCUGCAAAUGAGUUUGAUUCUGAGGCCUUGCACAUUUUGGCCUUUCUUCAGGAGUUGCUGAAGAAAAGCCAGCAAGCUGCCAAAGACUCUGAGAGGGAAGUGGACUCUGAAAAGCCUGCUCCUUCAGCAUCUUUGCACAAGGAAGGGGACGAAUAGUAGGGGCGUGGUACUCCCAGGGCUACUGCUGGAAAGAAAUUGUCAACCCUUAUCAAGUCGUCAUUCAAAAUAUUUAACAACUUCAUGGAAUAAGCAUGGACUAGCACACUGGCUAUAGUAUUGUCAGGAUUAUUGGGAACCCUACUCUCAGAUGUCAGUGCCUGAAUUGCUGCAUCAGGGAGAGCUCUGUGAAAGGGACCAGUUGGAGGCAUUGAUACAGGGGCCUGGCAAACAGCCUAGAUCUCUUUCAAUUUCUUAGAAAUGGUUUCAAUGGUAGCAGUUCUUUAAUCACCCUCUGUGGAGGCUAGCCUUGGGUUUGUUUCUGUGUUUAUACAAAGCAGCCCAAUUCCUCAUAUGGGUGAGUUUUCCAUCUUUGGAUUAUUUUAGAUAUUGCACAGCCUUGUUCUACAGAGAUAACAAUGUCUAUCAAGAAGCUGAGGAGCCAGGGGCAGUGACUCAGGACUGUAAUCCCAGCACUUGGAAGCUGAGACCAGGGGAUUACAGUGAGUUGGAGGUCAGUCUGAGCAUGACCUGGAAAGGGAGGUGGAGGGUGAUGAGAAUUAUAUAUGUAAAUAUUUAAUGAUUAUGUGCAUUAUCUUGUUAGUUUGAAUGUGUAUAUGCCUAUUUAGCCACUAUUAUCUACCAUAGUGACAAUUGAAAUAUUAUUUCAAGCUCGUGUGGAAACUCCAGUGGAGACCAGAUGAAGAGAACGCUGAGUUAUCCUUAACGAUUACAAACCCAUGAAGAAAAAGUUUAUAGUCACUAUUAGGAAAAAGUCUCUGUUAGUUUUAUUUUAAAAUGCUCUAAUGAACCCAUAUGAUGGAAGCUAGGAAGGCCGCUGAAUAGAAUAACUUGGUGACUGAAAGCCUGGAUGAAGGACUUAGAAAAUGGCAUGAGUAUUGGGGGGGCAAUUUUUUUCCUCCAUUAGAAAUGUUAGAUACUAAGAAAUAUAAAAACUUCUUUUAACACUGAGAAAAUACUCAGGAACACCACAAAAUUGGUAAUUGGCAUUUCCUAGGUAGAUCUUGAAUGACCUAAACAUUAAGAUUGGUGUGAAGCAUCACAGAGUCAGCUGGCCUAGCAUGAGGCUGUCAGCCACCCUCUGGGGUAGAAAAUGUUUCUCUGUUGGGAUUAGUUUGCCUUUAAGUAUAUAUUAACAUUUUAUUUAGCAAUUAAAAUAUAUUAGAUUCAUAGAUUGUUAAAACCAAACAUUCUAACAGCUGUAACAAAGUUCCAUGUUAUUUUAAAUAAUAAAAACUUGUGUAUGUGGGGGCUGGAGAGAUGGCUCAGUGGUUAAGAGCACUAACUGCUCUGCCAGAGGACCCAGGUUCAAUUUCCAGCACCCACAUGGUGGCUCAUAACUGUCUGUAACUCGAGUUCCAGGGUAGCCAAUGCUUUCAUACAGACAUACAUGCAGGUAAAACAUCAAUGCAAAUAAAAUAAAAAUAAAUAUAAGAAAGUUUUGUAUGCAUUUAAGUCCAUCAAUAUUCAGCAUUUGAAUUUCUGGAAAAAUAAUACACUUUGUUAAUAAAUAACAUAUAAUAGAACAUUAUGUAGUGUUCUGGUUCAAUAGAAAUUUUGCUGUACCCUCUCAGUUUUAGACACAAGUAUUGACAAUAAACAGAAGCAUAAAUU